AUGGAGCCGGGCUUCGUGGAGAAGGUGAUCUCUUGGGGCUACCCGGCCCCCACGGGUAUCUACCUGAACUCUGGCCUGCACAUCUUGCGGGGCCUCGGGCCGAGGGGGCUGGACUGGAACAGGCAGAGGUACGAGGAGUUCCGAGGUCUCGAGGCUGCCUACACAGCCACGGUCCAGCGGUGCUCCGAAGUCGCCCCUGCAGCCAGGAUUGCCCUGAUGCUCUCCCACUGCAUCUGCGAGGACUUUUUCACCGGGGUGUGGGGCAAAGAGGUUGCCGACUACAAGGAGGACCCGGUGAGGGCCACGCAGAAUUGCUCGAGCGAGCUGAUCGGGGAGGGCGUCACGGCCGCAGACGCGCGAGCGGGAUGCGUAGAUUCGGCUUUCACGCGCGGAGGCAUCCUCCGUCUGAACGAACGACUCCUGGCAGCGAACCGGGGCUUCCAGGGCAAGGCGCCCAGCAUCGUGGAUGCAUUCAGCAUCACCGACGGGCAGUGCAAUGCCACCUUCGACGGAGUGCAUUACAACUAUCAUGUCCUCGAUGAGCUGAAGCUGUUAUUCGACGCCCUGCAGCUGGCGUAG